UGAAUGAAGACAAGAACGGUGGUUCAAAAAUUCUAUAACUACACAAUGGCUUUCCCAAACCCUUUACAAUUCGCACCCAACCUGUCUUUUCUCUUAGAAUUUUAUUCAAUUCCUUCUUGGUGUUGUUCGUGUUUUGUGAUCAAUAACAAUGGCGGAUGAGGUGAUUUUGUUGGACGCAUGGAAUAGCGCGUUCGGCAUGAGGGUCAGGGUUGCAUUAGCAGAGAAGGGUAUCAAGUACGAGUACAAGGAACAGGACUUGGGUAACAAAAGCCCUCUGCUCUUGAAGAUGAACCCAAUUCAUAAGAAAGUGCCUGUCUUGAUUCACAAUGGAAAGCCGAUUUGCGAGUCUGCCAUUAUUGUCCAAUACAUUGACGAGGUCUGGAAUGAUAAAGCUCCAUUGUUGCCCUCCGAUCCUUAUGAGAAAGCUCAAGCUAGGUUCUGGGUUGAUUAUAUUGACAAGAAGAUGUAUGAUGUUGGGAGGAGGGUGUGGUCCUCAAAAGGAGAAGAGCUGGAGGCAGUCAAGAAGGAAAUAAUCCAACACCUGAAGUUACUGGAGGGAGAGCUUGGAGACAAGCCUUACUUUGGAGGUGAAACCUUUGGGUUUGUUGACAUUGGUCUCAUUGGAUUUUACAGCUGGUUUUAUACCUAUGAGACCCUUGGCAACUUCAGCAUAGAGGCCGAGUGCCCCAAGUUGAUUGCAUGGGCCAAAAGGUGCAUGGAGAAGGAGAGUGUUUCCAAGUCUCUUGCUGACCCUCACAAGGUGUAUGAAUUCAUCAAGGGGAUUAAAAAGAUGCUUGGAUUAGAGUAAAGAAGCAUGAGCAAAAGCAAUAUAACAGAAGGAUCCUUUUUUUUUUUUGAUGUUGUAUUUGAACUUUGUCUUGUUCUUCUUUUGGGAACUUUAGACACUUAUGUAUGUCUUUGUUCUUGGUGAGUUAUUGCAAUAAAGGAUGACCUUGGUUUUGCUGAG